AUUUUCAUUCAGGUGAGAGAGAGUUGUUGGAGUUUCUCCUCCGUGUGUUUAAAAUUUAAUUUACUCUUUUCAAGAUGCCGAUGACUCGGUAGAGAAUAUGCAUAUCAGAAUACCUGAUUCCAGACCACGAGACUGAUGCGCUUUGUGAAAAUCCAGGGUUUGAGUGGUGUGGUCAGUGGCAUUGCAGCGUGGACUCCAACAUACUGUUGACUGUCCUGAAACAAGAUGGCUGUUCUGGGCUGCUUUUAAACCUCUACAGUCUACUGUCCUGAAACAAGAUGGCUGUUCUGGGCUGCUUUUAAACCUCUACAGUCUACUGUCCUGAAACAAGAUGGCUGUUCUGGGCUGCUUUUAAACCUCUACAGUCUACUGUCCUGAAACAAGAUGGCUGUUCUGGGCUGCUUUUAAACCUCUACAGUCUACUGUCCUGAAACAAGAUGGCUGUUCUGGGCUGCUUUUAAACCUCUACAGUCUACUGUCCUGAAACAAGAUGGCUGUUCUGGGCUGCUUUUAAACCUCUACAGUCUACUGUCCUGAAACAAGAUGGCUGUUCUGGGCUGCUUUCAAACCUCUACAGUCUACUGUCCUGAAACAAGAUGGCUGUUCUGGGCUGCUUUUAAACCUCUACAGUCUACUGUCCUGAAACAAGAUGGCUGUUCUGGGCUGCUUUUAAACCUCUACAGUCUACUGUCCUGAAACAAGAUGGCUGUUCUGGGCUGCUUUUAAACCUCUACAGUCUACUGUCCUGAAACAAGAUGGCUGUUCUGGGCUGCUUUUAAACCUCUACAGUCUACUGUCCUGAAACAAGAUGGCUGUUCUGGGCUGCUUUUAAACCUCUACAGUCUACUGUCCUGAAACAAGAUGGCUGUUCUGGGCUGCUUUUAAACCUCUACAGUCUACUGUCCUGAAACAAGAUGGCUGUUCUGGGCUGCUUUUAAACCUCUACAGUCUACUGUCCUGAAACAAGAUGGCUGUUCUGGGCUGCUUUUAAACCUCUACAGGAUCAGUGUCCUGAAAUCUGGACAGCUGCUGCUCAGUAUGUGACUAGAAAGGCUUUCGAAACGACAGCCAACUUUCCCGGGAGGUCGACCUGUCUUCUAUCGUCAGAAAGCUUACAUGUUUGUUCAUCUAACUGCAGUGUCUGAUUUACAGUAGCGAUUACAGCGGGACAAAAUACCAUGCUAUUGUUUGGGGAUAGCGCACAACAACAAAACACUUAUCAAUGCAACUUGUUUUGAUACAUUCCCCUCUGACAUAUUGGCGACACAACAUGUCAAUUAGCCUAAUGAAGGUAAGCCGUCGUUAGGCACCAAAGAGACCAGCGGUGUUCACUUGAUUGACGGAGUCUUGGUCCAAGGACCACCUAUCAUUUUGAAAGCGGUCUCGCUAGAUAGCUGGGCUUUCCAGCGGAAUGUGAACGCCUUUUGUACUGCGAACAACCAUCAUGCUAGAGCUGUGGGCAACAGUGUUCAUUCUCUGGUGAAAGCAAACAGGACUCACGGUAGUUAAUGAUACUCUGUGGUUUGGUCUCUUCUACAAACUUUUCUCAAAUCUAAAAAAAGAACAUGGCUACGAGUGGAAAAGCUACAUCAAAGUCCAAGUUUACAAAUAAUUUGGAUGAGAACAUUGCGGAAAUUGACUGGGAGAGUGACACAGAACUAAUGGAUGAGGACUCCAUGAGUGAGUCCAGUUUUGAUUCCAGUGAGGAAGAAAUGUUUUUGGAAGGAGAGGAUCCCCUUUUGGAUCAAGGUAGAGACUCCGAUGACCUCUGGGAGCCAUCUCCAAAGAUACCACGUUCAAGUCCAUCCCACACUCAUUCAAACGUAGGCACUGGUUCCUCCGGUCUGACCCCUGCUGCUGUCUCUGGCUCCACCCCCACCCGGCCAUCUAGAGGUGCUAUGAGUCCAGACCAGAAGCGGAGGAGGGCCGGUGUACCAGCGGCAACUACAACCGAGGGAGAGGACCGUUGGCGCACUGUGCUAGAGGAUGAUGUGGAGCCACAUCGACCAAUAUUUCGACCUAAAAGGCAGCCGGGACCUCAGCUGGACAUGACUGGAAAGUACAGCCCCCUUCAUCUUUUCCAGGGGUUUUUCUCCUCGUCAGUUCUUGAUUCGCUGGUGUCGAACACCAACAAGUAUGGGGCUAAGAAGCAAGCAGGCAAGAAAGAGGCCUGGAAGCCCAUUUCCAUCCAAGACCUGUACUGUUAUAUCUCACUGGUCAUUUAUAUGGGGCUUGUGAAGUUGAAAACCCUGAAGGACUACUGGAGAAGCUCAAGACUCUACCAACUGCCUUUCCCCGCAACUAUCAUGUCUUGUAAGAGGUUUCUGACUGUCUCGCGAGCGCUUCAUAUCAGUGACCCACAAGCUGACGACAACAAUGACAGGAAGAAGGGCACAGCAGGCUUUGAUAGGCUCUUCAAAAUGAAACCUCUCUACGCCAGCGUUGUUGAGGCCUGCAAGACCCAUUUUCAGCCUUCCCAGAACCUGUCCAUAGAUGAGAGGAUGGUAGCAUCAAAGGCCAGAAUUGGCAUCAAACAAUAUAUGCCUAACAAGCCAACAAGAUGGGGUUACAAACUGUUUGUUUUGGCAGAUUCUGCGUGUGCCUACACUUGGAAUUUCUUUGUUUAUGAGGGUAGGUCCAUCUCAGCCACCGGUAUGGGACUUGGUUAUGAUUCCGUUAUGAAAUUAUUGGAUUUUCCACUGCUGGGGAAGGGCUACAAACUGUUUGUGGAUAACUUUUACACAAGCCCGACUCUGUUUACAGACCUGAGGAAGCUGAAUGUAUGGUGUUGUGGCACCAUUUGUCCCAACGGAGUGGGUUUUCCCAAAACAAAAGUUAACGACCUGCCUAAGAGGGCUUAUCGGGGGACCAUGCGAUGGAUUCGGAAAGAUGACCUGCUCUUUGUAAAGUGGAUGGAUGCCAGAGAGGUGGUCAUGUGCUCCAGUAUCCACAAAUCGUACAGCGGCGAUCACAUCCGCAGGCGUGUGAAGGACGCUAAUGGGACAUGGACCAAGAAAGAUGUCCCGGUUCCAGCUGCUGUUAAGGAUUACAAUAAGAGCAUGGGAGGUGUGGACCUGUCAGACGCGCUGAUAGGCUACUAUAAUGUUCUCCACAAGACGAUGAAAUGGUACAAGACAUUGUUCUAUCACUUCAUCGACAUUGCUGUGGUGAAUGCAUUCAUCCUCCAGAAGGAAAUGGCUAAGAGCUGUGGAAAGACCCCCAUGACACAGCUAGCCUUCAGAGAGCUGCUCAUCCAGGAGCUUGCUGACUAUGGCACAAAGACCACUCCAGCACCCUCUGUCCGCUCUACCUCUGACCCCUCUACCUCUGUCCCCUCUUCUCCCGCCUCCAGUGAUGUUCACCUGCCAAAAUACAUCAGUGCAGACCUGAAUGUACCUCAGGGCCAAAAGGGCACAGUAGGGAGGCGUCGUUGUACUAUGUGUCACAGGAAAUCUCCCAUCGCCUGCAGUACUUGUGCUGUUACCCUCUGCUUUACGACAGAGAGAAACUGCUAUGGGCCUUGGCAUCAGCAGCUCAAUCUGGUGUAGAGGACUGUGGGUGUUCUAAAUACUCUCGUUGUAAAUAGUUUUUUUUUUUCUCUCUCCCUUUGUUUGUGGUGUGUACACUUCUGACGUUAGAUCAGUGUUGGCUGCUAACUUGGCCGUUUUAUCUUAAAUAGUUCACUUCUGUGUUUUGGGAGGCAUUGGAUCAGCGUUCUCAUUUCGUCUCCUGUUUAGUAACUUUUAUGUAGGGAUGCUAAUGAUCCAUUACGUUUGACAUUCCUGGGAGUGUGUAAACUUUAUUAUGAAAGCAUUUUAGUAUCUUCUCUAUAGGUAUGUACUUUUAAAAUGGCCCAAUUUGGCCACUUGGGUACAUUUGGUAAAACUCGUGAGGGACACCUGGGAAACCUCAAACCAAAUAUUAUGUAGCUUUCUCAUUCUUGAAUGUAACUUUGCACACACAUUGUUACUCUUUUGUGGACAACAAGAAAUGGUUUUCUAUAUUUCUUUCUUUGAUUUGAUCUUUUACUACGGUGUUAUAUUCUCCUGCAUUAUUCUCACCCCUCCACAAACUUCAAAGUGUUUCAUUUCAAAUAAUAUCAAUAAUCAGCAUAUCCUUUCUUCAGGUCCUGAGCUACAGGCAGUUAGAAUUGGGUAUGUUAUUUUAGGUGGAACCAGAGAUGGAUCCUUACCUAUGCAGGUAUGGAUCCAUCCAGUCUAAAUGGAUAUUUUAACUCCAGUCUUUAAUUUGUCCUUAAAGGGGUAGUUCAUUGUGAAGUAUGAUUUCCUUUUUAAAAUAUUUUUUUAUUGGUAUGUAAAAAAACAUUUAUAUACAACCUUUUUUACUUGGCAGGUUUAGCUGUUUUCAGUUUGAUAUUGACACAGCAUUGUUAAUGUUUACUUGUAUAGUUUAGCUGAACGCGACAUGUUUGAGCUCUCCCAACCUUCUGCUGAACGUGAUGAAUAUUCUCUUUGGAAUCUCGUUCGUCUGAACUCCUGUUGAGAAAAGGAAUAGCUGACUUCAGCAGAGGGCUUCGUAACCUGUCAUAAAGGCUACAUAUGUUAUGUCUAAACCCCCCCCCCCCUCUGCCUGCCUGGUAUCUGGUCUCCACCAAGACCUUAUCUUGAAGCUUUUGUCUUAGGUUUCCUCUGUAUGUGGCUGAACAGGGAGCCGUGAUUCCAACUAGAAUGGUGAGUUUUGGUUAAUGAGUACUUUCGGUAAUUGUCACGGGAAAUGAUUCUCUAGUCAUUGUUUCUUAACCAGAUCCUCUGCCUUAGCCACAAGCUAUAACCAGUCUAGUGUUAUAACUCACUGCAAACGAGAGGGAACAGUUGAUGUUUGGUAGUCGUGGUGACUCUGGCUCUUAUUGAUGACACGCGCACCGUCGGCGACAGAACCUGCAAAGGUGGACCCACUGGCGUUGCCAGGGCAACAACGGGACAGCUGGUUGGGGUUACCAACUGUCUGAUGGGACCAGAGACUCACACAAAAUGGCUGUUGGCUUUGCAUUGUUGAUCCAAAAUGGCUGUUGGCUUUGCAUUGUUGAUCCAAAAUGGCCGCCAUUUGGUUUAAUAUCAAGAAGUAUUAAAUGCCAGUAGCAGCACAAAUCACUGGGAUAAAUGGGCCACUCGGGAUGUAGUCAGUUAAUUUAUAUUAUCUUGCGUUACCAUCAAUCGUUUAAGCAGGAUUGAAGUUAGAAUACUGUCUUCCAAAUAACUACAUUCUUGUCUUGAUGUACGGGGCCCUUGUCAACACUUUCCCAUAUUUAGUCUCUCGGGUGAUUGUGCUGGUCUAGGAUCAGUGGUCUUUUGGUUAGUCGUGUUCCCUCCCCAGCUGAUUGGUUACCCCUCUGAUCUAUCAGACAAUAAAGCAGUCUUUAAUGUAGUGCUGUUCAGCAUGUUUAUUUAGACUCCACUCCUCCAGGUCCUGAUGGUGGUACCAGACAAGUCACUUGAAGAUGCCUGUUACUGAACUACCUCAAGGUUUCUGCCCCUCUGGUUGAGGUCCUGGUGUCUGCAGGGUUUGGAAAGAUCUGGUUGGCUGCUGAAGUGUUGCUGUGCUGUUGGAGUGGGAAGCUCUCCUGUUUUACACCUGCAAGCCAAGCCCUCUUGCACCCCUGAUUGGUCAGCAAGGAAGUGAGGCGUCUCGUUGGAACUGAGGGGAAACCAGGCCAAGUCAAUUCAACCCUGUGACUGUUUUGCUGUAUAAAUAAAUCUACAUAUUAAUGCUUGUCCUAUUUUCCUUUCUUGGUGGUAGUAAAUCAGACUUGGUAAAUUUGGACAUUUUGAAUGAACCAUGUGGUGUUCUGAUUUCAAUACUGAACAAUGUGACAUUUCCUGUCAUUUCAAAUCUUUACGUUGUUAUUCUGGGUGGUUCUAAACAUGCACAUGUAACGGUGACUGACGUUUCUUCUCACUGGCUAUAGAAAGUUGACUGACUACAAUUAUUUUAAGGCGUUGAUUUGUUUUUGAAAGGAUGUUAUAGUGUGUAGCAUGUCCAGUCAUGUCGUAGGUGUUUACCACUAUGGGGUAGUUUAGUAGGCUUUUUUCUUUUAAGUAUUGUACUGUUAACCUUGCAUACUGUUUUAAUCCUGGACUUGGGUGUAUUUUUUUUUUUUUGAUGUAAAUUGGCUUUUAGGAGAUAUUUUAGCAAUAAGUCCUGGGGGGGGUGGUAUAUGGCCAAUAUGUCACGGCUAAGGGCUGUUUAUGUAAAAUGUUCAGUGUAAAUUAUUAAAAGUAGUCAUUGUG